CCCUAACAAUCCCCCCCUAGGCCAAAGCCACUUCCUGUCCCUAACAAUCCCCCCCUAGGCCAAAGCCACUUCCUGUCACGCCCCAUCCACUGAAGUCCCAGUAGGAACCAGGCUGAAAACAAAACCCUAUUUCUUUAAAUACCUUGUUGUGCUAGGGAACAGUUGAUUUCUCCCAUGGACCUUAAGGUGUGAAAGCUAACGAAUGUCUGUCAUUGUGUUAGGUUGGUUCAUUCAGGACACUGCUAUACGGUACAAUGUCUGUCAUUAUGUUAAGUUGGUUCAUUCAGGACACUGCUAUACGGUACAAUGUCUGUCAUUGUGUUAAGUUGGUUCAUUCAGGACACUGCUAUACGGUACAAUGUCUGUCAUUAUGUUAAGUUGGUUCAUUCAGGACACUGCUGUACGCUAAGUUGGUUCAUUCAGGACACUGCUAUACGGUACGAUGUCUGUCAUUGUGUUAAGUUGGUUCAUUCAGGACACUGCUAUACGUUAAGUUGGUUCAUUCAGGACACUGCUAUACAUUAAGUUGGUUCAUUCAGGACACUGCUAUACAUUAAGUUGGUUCAUUCAGGACACUGCUAUACGGUACAAUGUCUGUCAUUAUGUUAAGUUGGUUCAUUCAGGACACUGCUAUACGCUAAGUUGGUUCAUUCAGGACACUGCUAUACGUUAAGUUGGUUCAUUCAGGACACUGCUAUACAUUAAGUUGGUUCAUUCAGGACACUGCUAUACAUUAAGUUGGUUCAUUCAGGACACUGCUAUACGGUACAAUGUCUGUCAUUGUGUUAGGUUGGUUCAUUCAGGACACUGCUAUACGUUAAGUUGGUUCAUUCAGGACACUGCUAUACGGUACAAUGUCUGUCAUUGUGUUAGGUUGGUUCAUUCAGGACACUGCUAUACGUUAAGUUGGUUCAUUCAGGACACUGCUAUACUGUACAAUGUCUGUCAUUAUGUUAAGUUGGUUCAUUCAGGACACUGCUAUCAUGUACAAUGUCUGUCAUUAUGUUAAGUUGGUUCAUUCAGGACACUGCUAUACGGGACAAUGUCUGUCAUUGUGUUAAGUUGGUUCAUUCAGGACACUGGUAUACUGUACAAUGUCUGUCAUUAUGUUAAGUUGGUUCAUUCAGGACACUGCUAUACUGUACAAUGUCUGUCAUUGUGUUAAGUUGGUUCAUUCAGGACACUGCUAUACGUUAAGUUGGUUCAUUCAGGACACUGCUAUACGGUACGAUGUCUGUCAUUGUGAUAAGUUGGUUCAUUCAGGACACUGCUAUACGUUAAGUUGGUUCAUUCAGGACACUGCUAUACGGUACGAUGUCUGUCAUUGUGAUAAGUUGGUUCAUUCAGGACACUGCUAUACGUUAAGUUGGUUCAUUCAGGACACUGCUAUACGGUACAAUGUCUGUCAUUGUGAUAAGUUGGUUCAUUCAGGACACUGCUAUACGUUAAGUUGGUGAAGAAGAAGAAGGGAUAGUCUGGAAAUGAUGAGGUCCUCGUUUUGAUCACUUUUGGGAUCUCAUCAUAUAAAAAACAUUUAAAUAAAUUACUAAAAGUCUGAUUUCUGCUUAUUGAUUCAAAUAGUGUGUGUGUGUUACCGUUAACCUCCUUAAGGAUAAUGCUGUAAGACACAAUCAUUACCUUUAAUCUUGUUUAGGAUAAUGCCGUAAAGCCUCAGGCAUGACCUUUCACCUCGUUUAGGAUAAUGCUUGUAAAGCCUCGGUCGUGACCUUUCAUCUCGUUUAGGAUAAUGCUGCGAAGCCUCAGUCAUGACCUUUCAUCUCGUUUAGGAUAAUGCUGUGAAGCCACAAACAAACAAAGAGUGAUUCUAGGUGGAAGUCACCCUGUCUCUCUUCCUGUCUGCCUUACUGACCCUGCCACCAGCCUGGUCAGAUUGAUUACCAUGGACACCAGCCUGGUCAGAUUGAUUACCAAGGACACCAGCCUGGUCAAAGUGAUUACCAUGGACACCAACCUGGUCAGAGUGAUUACCAUGGACACCAGCCUGGUCAGAUUGAUUACCAAGGACACCAGCCUGGUCAAAGUGAUUACCAUGGACACCAACCUGGUCAGAGUGAUUACCAUGGACACCAGCCUGGUCAGAGUGAUUACCAUGGACACCAGCCUCAUCAGAGUGAUUACCAUGGACACCAGCCUGGUCAGAGUGAUUACCAUGGACACCAGCCUCGUCAGAGUGAUUACCAUGGACACCAGCCUCGUCAGAGUGAUUACCAUGGACACCAGCCUGGUCAGAGUGAUUACCAUGGACACCAGUCUGGUCAGAGUGAUUACCAUGGACACCAGCCUCGUCAGAGUGAUUACCAUGGACACCAGCCUCGUCAGAGUGAUUACCAUGGACACCAGCCUGGUCAGAGUGAUUACCAUGGACACCAGUCUGGUCAGAGUGAUUACCAUGGACACCAGCCUGGUCAGAGUGAUUACCAUGGACACCAGCCUGGUCAGAGUGAUUACCAUGGACACCAGCCUGGUCAGAGUGACUAGCACGGUGGCACGAACACACCCUGUGGCCCUCAGACUGGUUGUUUGCCAUUCAAUGCCAAAGUGACCCUUUUGGACAGCAGCACAAACACAAUACAGCUGACGUGUUGCAGAAACAUACACAGAGGAACCCAAAGCAGCCAAACAGACACGUACUCUCAGACGCAUAUUAUCGACAUGUCAGCGUCACACCACUCUCUAAAUACUACUACGCUGUGCUUCAACGUCACACCACUCUCUAAAUAAUACUACUAUGCUGUGCUUCAGCGUCACACCACUCUCUAAAUACUACUACGCUGUGCUUCAGCGUCACACCACUCUCUAAAUCCUACUACGCUGUGCUUCAGCAUCACACCACUCUCUAAAUACUACUACGCUGUGCUUCAGCGUCACACCACUCUCUAAAUACUACUACGCUGUGCUUCAGCGUCACACCACUCUCUAAAUACUACUACGCUGUGCUUCAGCGUCACACCACUCUCUAAAUACUACUACGCUGUGCUUCAGUGUCACACCACUCUCUAAAUCCUACUACGCUGUGCUUCAGCGUCACACCACUCUCUAAAUACUACUACGCUGUGCUUCAGCGUCACACCACUCUCUAAAUAAUACUACGCUGUGCUUCAGUGUCACACCACUUUCUAAAUACUACCACGCUGUGCUUCAGCGUCACACCACUCUCUAAAUACUACUACGCUGUGCUUCAGCAUCACACCACUCUCUAAAUACUACUACGCCGUGCUUCAGUGUCACACCACUCUCUAAAUACUACUAUGCUGUGCUUCAGCGUCACACCACAUUCUAAAUAAUACUACGCUGUGCUUCAGCGUCGCACCACAUUCUAAAUAAUACUACGCUGUGCUUCAGUGUCACACCACUUUCUAAAUACUACUACGCUGUGCUUCAGUGUCACACCACUUUCUAAAUCCUACUACGAUGUGCUUCAACGUCACACCACUUUCUAAAUACUACUAUGCUGUGCUUCAGCGUCACACCACUCUCUAAAUACUACUACGCUGUGCUUCAGCAUCACACCACUCUCUAAAUACUACUACGCCGUGCUUCAGUGUCACACCACUCUCUAAAUACUACUAUGCUGUGCUUCAGCGUCACACCACUCUCUAAAUACUACUACGCUGUGCUUCAGCGUCACACCACUCUCUAUAUACUACUACGCCAUGCUUCAGCGUCGCACCACAUUCUAAAUACUACUACGCCGUGCUUCAGCGUCACACCACUCUCUAGAUACUACCCUUCUGUGCUUCAGCGUCACACCACUCUCUAAAUACUACUACGCUGUGCUUCAGCGUCACACCACUCUCUAAAUACUACUCUUCUGUGCUUCUUAGCCAGUCAAAUGUGAUAUUACUGUAACUAUGUGGGGUCGUUUUAAAAGUGCAUUCUGGUAGAUUUCCAAAUGCAAACAUGUAUGAUGCAUCAAAGAGCCACAAGCUCUUCCAAGCUCUUCCACCCCCCCCCCACCUCCCUCCCCCAAAGCUGGCAACAGCCAGUGAGACAAUCAGUACAGCCUCUCCUAAUGGAACCUGGUCUGUAGCAGCUCUCUAAAAUAGCCAGGCAUCUGAAACUAGCUGGCCAGCCGUGACACAGUUGGAAACGUAGUGGAAUAUAGAGACCCUGCUGAAUACCAGGAGCUGAAGGCUACUACAGUAGCUCACUGGGCCUGCUAUGAUCUGACUUGAGACCUGUCUCUAUAUAUGAAGAGUUAAGAUCUGAACUGGGACCUGCGUCACAGCAGGACUGAAUGGUACAGCAGCUCACUGGGCCUGCUAUGAUCUGACUUGAGACCUGUCUCUAUAUGGAGGGUUAAGAUCUGAACUGGGACCUGCGUCACAGCAGGACUGAAUGGUACAGCAGCUCACUGGGCCUGUUAUGAUCUGACUUGAGACCUGUCUCUAUUUGGGGUGAUGGACUCAGAUACAUAGAUGGAAUUCUGCGUGUCUGAGGUCAGGCCUCCUACCACUAGGGUGGUCAGGGUUUCUACCACUAGGGUGGUCAGGGUUUCUACCACUAGGGUGGUCAGGGUUUCUACCACUAGGGUGGUCAGGGUUUCUACCA